AUGGCAUCGUCGGGCUCCUUUCCGACCCUAGAGUCUCUGCAUUUCCCGUCUGCACAGACGUCUAUAUCGCAGACACUUUCUUCUCUCCGACGUUCGGCCUUGUCCGUCUCCAACCGGCUCCAGUCUAUUGAAACGGAUGCCGUGUUUGUACAGGAGGUUGCGGAACAUUACGAUCUGCCCCUCGUUGCGAAUGAGCGCUGUGGGAGUUGGUAUAUUGAUCCGGAGGGCAAGACGGGCAGUGCCUAUUUUAAGAGUACGGAUGGUCAUACUGGACAAUGGGAUUUCAGCUUUCGUAGACUCAAUCUACAGCUUCUUCCUUUGGCGAAUCAAUAUGGAGGGUGUGUAAUCGUCGACUCAACCCGCCGAGGUAAACUGAUGCCAGAUGCCUUAUCCAAAACCAUUCCCAUCUGGUGCGCAGUCCUCAACCGGGCCUUGUUCCCGACGCAAACAGACUAUCACGCCGUCCAGCUGCCCCCAAACUACCUCGGGGAAUCGGAGGAAUCACAGAUCGCAAAUCGGAUUGAUGGGUUUGUCCAUUCGCUUCAGGUAUGUGUGUACCUGUCCAGUAUGACUGCAUCUAAUCCCUGCACUUAUAUGUCAGGGACCGGCUGUUUCGACCCCCUCUCCCCCUCUCUUAUCUAUUUCACCCGGGUUGAACCGCACCCCGCGGGGCUAGCAUGGCGGGCUGACAUUUUCUCAAAAUCGCAGAGUCUCAAGCUCGACCUCGAGCAUUUACGGGAGCAACUCGGCAAACCCAUGCAAGUAGCCUGGGCUAACCGGUCAUACUUCCAUCCAACGGACCUACGCAAGAGUCCCGAGUAUCACCUGCUAGUGCUAUGCUCUGCAUCAAAGCGCGUGCAUGGGGCGGAAAUGUCGGAGGGCGGAUACAUCCAGGGUGCCGGUGAUGACAGCGAGGCAUGGGCGCACGGGCUAACGCCGCCCGUUUUCUGGGUGAAUCGGCCCCUUCUCAAACGGACCGCUGAGGAGGAUUUGCCUGGUGUGAUUGGGGAGUUGGUGCGGGAGUAUACACGCGAGAACACUGACAGUAAGGCAACCGUCAUCUCGCCGACGAGGAAUUUGUAUAUCAGUCAGACUGAUGCACGUGUCGAUGUCGGCGGGAAGUAUGACCUCGUCAUCGACUGUAACGGUGACCCUGCCGCUGUAGCGGAAAAUCCAAAGUGUUUGAAUUUGGGCUGUGCGUCCGCGAAGCUGGGUAGUCGUGACCUGCGGAAGUCGUUGGAUAAAGUGCGAGACUUUGUUGGUGCACAACUUGGCGCUGAUCCGUCGCGCUCGUUGCUGGUCACUUGUGAUACGGGCAAGGACCUCUCGGCUGGGGCAUUGUUGGCGAUUGUCUGCCUGUUCUACACUGAAGAUGGAACCUUCGAUGCCUCGCUGACCAAGCGAUCGAUCAGCAAGCAGUUUAUCCGACAGCGUCUUGCGUGGAUCGUCUCGUCUAAACAUGACGUGAACCCGUCUCGUUCGACGCUGCAGUCGGUAAACGCCUUUCUGAUGCAGCCGCCGGAUUAUUGA